GAUCAUCAGUUUUUUCUUCAGUUGAUCUUGCGCUCUCGAUCGUGUUCAAUAAAAUCGCAGAAAUUGCGUUGAAAAUUCAAGGAAAACUUGUGAAAUAGUUUGAAAAAAGAUGAGUGGAUACUAUGGGGCACACGGGGGUGGUGGCAGGCAGUACGAUGACUACGUGGAUGUCUGGACAGAUGGAUCUUGUCCAGGAAAUGGGCAAUACAAUCGUGGCGGAAUUGGGAUUUACUGGGGAAGGAAUCAUCCAUGGAAUUUCUCCGAUCGUGCCGAGGGGCGUACAAACAAUAGCUGCGAGAUUGAAGCUGCCCGGAUUGCCAUUGAGAUUGCAAAGUCAUACGGGGUGGAGAAGUUGAGGAUCAACACGGAUUCCAAGUUUCUCUUCGACAGCAUGGUCAAGUGGAUGCCCCAGUGGCUCCAGAAUGACUGGGAGAACUCCCGUGGCGAGGAGGUGAUCAAUCGCCGUGACUUUGAGAGGCUCAAUGAUGAGUUGGAUGGAUCAAUCCGCGUGUUUUGGAAAUUCGUUUACGGACACUCCGGGGAUAGGGGCAACGAGGAAGCCGAUAGGUUGGCCCGCGAUGGUGCAAGAUCCUAAAUGGAUUCCCCGAUUUCCCUAUGAGAUCCUCGAUUUAUUUAUUAAAACCUUCAGGAAGAAGAGGAAGGAAUGCGACGUACAUUCCAAGGAUCUCAAAGUUUUGUUUUUUCUUUAAUAUUUUUUGAUAAAAUAGUGAAUUUUCAUAAUUUUCCUUGAGAAAAUUCAGUGAAAUAUUUAAUUUUUCUUAACGAUCUUAAUAAAGACUGGACUUUAUCAAUGAAAUUCCUCAUUAUAAAUCAUUAUAAUCAUCUGAAAUACGUUUUUUGAAUAAAGAUUUUCAUAUUGGCUCAGAACA